AUGAGUCAAGUGGCUAACCUCGCCCUUGAGGGGGGCGACCCACGGGACCCUCAACAUUCUGUCCUGGGCGCCGGCGCUGAGGCCGUAGAGACUCAGAUGCUUCGUGCAGCUCACGAUUCUUCCGUGACCUUCGAGGAAUACGUUUACUGGGCUGGCAUUACGCGGGCUGAGGAGAAGGUUGCAAACGAGAGAUUUGUAGCUGCUCAGGGUCCAAGGACGUUCAAGAGUGUCAUCAAGAACCGAUUCUCCAAAGGCGCGGAACCGGUGUCUCCCGUCAUCUCGACGACCGAUGAGAAGUACGCUCUCGAUGAGAAGACUCUGGACACUGCGACCGCGGCCUCCACCAACAAUACGCAUGACAUGAUGCGGGUAACCGAUGCUGAGUGGAAGACUGCGAGUCGUGCUCUUCGAACCGCGGGGUGGAGUAGUGUUUUCUACCUGGUCACCACGGAUAUCUUGGGGCCUUUCAGUGUUCCGUGGGCAUUCGCUCAGAUGGGGUACGGUCCAGGUAUUGCGCUCUACACCGUUUUCGGUGGCUUGGCCUUAUACUCUGGAUGGCAACUCUACCAGGUCUACAUGUAUCUCGACUCUGAUCGCUUUCCGAUGAAGACCUACGCAGACGCCUUCUUCCGGGUCUUUGGAAGUUGGGCGCGACACAUCGUCAACAUCCUCCAGGCCAUCCAACUGCUCCUCACCGUCGCUGUCCUGAUUCUCGGAAAUGGACAGUCGAUCUCUCUCAUCUCCCAGGGCAGGCUCUGCUUCAUUGUCUGUCUGAUCAUCUUUAUGGCUGCGGGUAUGGUGGUGGGCCAGAUCCGAACACUGCAGCGGUUCGGUUGGCUUGCUAACUUCGCCGUCUACAUCAACGUGCUCAUCCUGAUUUUCUGCAUGGCUGUUGCAGCGAGCUAUCCUCCCAACUAUGCGACGGUAGAGGCUUCGUACGGUCCCGCCUUCGGCCCAGGUCCCGUCCACACAUACGCUGGAAUGCCACCAAACGGGAAAGCCACGGGAGGGACGGGUUUUACCGCCUCUCUUAACGGUCUCAACCAGGCUGUUUACUCCUACGGAGGAGCCAUGCUCUUCAUUUCCUUCAUGGCUGAGAUGCGUCACCCCUGGGAUUUCUGGAAAGGACUCAUAUGCGCGGACGUUUUUAUCUAUGUUCUCUAUAUGUUUUUCGGAAUCUUUGUGUACUCCUACCAAGGCCAAUAUUCCUACAACCCGGUCAUGCAGGGCUUGUCACCCUUUGGCUGGCAAGUGGCCACCAACGUCAUGAACCUCGUUACUGGUUUGAUCUCCGCUGCGCUCUACAGCAACAUCGGGGUCAAGGUCGCCUACGUCGAGGUCUUCGAGGAGUUUCUCGGCUUCCCCCCGCUCACAACCAAGAGGGGCAAGAUUCUUUGGACGGUCCUUAUCCCGAUCUACUGGGUCGUUGCCUGGGUUGUCUGCGCGGCCAUCCCGCAAUUCUCUCUGGUUUCCGGUCUCGUGGGUGCCAUCUGUAUCUUGCAGUUCACUUACACCUUCCCCGCGAUCCUCGCCUUCGCGUUCCAGAUCCAGAAGGACGCCAUGACGCCUGCCGAGUCUUUCGAUCCCAUCAGUGGCACAUAUAGUUAUCAGGAUAGAGGGUUCAAGAGAUGGGUGAGAGGUUUCAUGGUCAAGUGGCAUCUCAACACAUUUAAUUUCAUUUAUUUCCUUGGAGCAUUGGUUACUGCUGCGUUGGGUAUCUAUUCUAGUGUCGAGGGUUUGAUUGAAGCGUUUGAUGGCGGAGGGGCAAGCUCCACGAGUUUUGGUUGUGCAUCUCCUGUUGCUUAG